AUGUCGAGGACUGCCCUGCCACAUCCUCAUCAACACAUCAGUGGAUUUCAUACAGGCAGGCCUGCUUCCUGCAGCCUCCUUCCUUUAUCCUACUCUCAUCUCCUCCAAACCUCCACCACACCUGCUCUGUGGUCCCAUCUCUGUCGUCCCACCACGUCUGCGGAGUGGGUGCCGGCUCCCUCCCCCAGGGGUGGGAGUGAGGAGCUGGGAGAUGGACUCGACAAACCCCUGGAGAACGAUGCAGAGGGCGUGUGGAGCCCGGACAUUGAGCAGAGCUUCCAAGAGGCCCUGGCCAUCUACCCGCCUUGUGGCCGCAGGAAGAUCAUCCUCUCAGACGAGGGCAAGAUGUACGGACGAAACGAGCUGAUCGCACGGUACAUCAAACUGCGCACAGGGAAGACGCGGACAAGGAAGCAGGUAUCCAGUCACAUCCAGGUCCUAGCCCGACGGAAGGCUAGAGAGAUCCAGGUGAAGCUGAAGGACCAGGUUGCCAAAGACAAGGCCCUGCAGAGUAUGGCCACCAUGUCCUCAGCACAGAUCAUCUCGCCCACCGCUUUCCAGAACAAGAUGGCUCUACAGGGCCUGUCAAGGCCGGCCUACCCCACGAGUGGUGGGUUUUGGCAUGGAGCCCUUCCAGGACAGCCAGGCGGCCAUGAAGACAUUAAGCCCUUCUCCCAGCAGAGUUACGCCAUGCAAGCGUCCGGCCCGACCCCCAUAACAGGUUAUGAAAGCACAGCGGGGCUGCAGAUGUCUCCCGGUGCCCCCCCUUGGCAGGGGAGAAGUAUUGCCAGUUCCAAAUUGAGAAUGCUGGAGUUCUCCGCCUUCCUGGAGCAACCUCAGGACCCAGAGACCGUAAGCAGACAAUUCAACAAGCACCUGUUUGUGCACAUUGGCCAGUCCAACCCCAGCUACAGCGACCCCUACCUGGAGUCUGUGGACGUCCGACAGAUCUACGACAAGUUCCCCGAGAAGAAAGGAGGCCUGAAGGAGCUGUUUGACAAAGGGCCGCCCAACGCCUUCUUUCUCGUCAAGUUCUGGGCGGACCUCAGUAUUAACUUGCAGGAUGACAGCAGCUUCUUCUACGGCGUCUCCAGUCAAUAUGAGAGCUCUGAGAACAUGAUUAUCACCUCAUCCACCAAAGUCUGCUCCUUUGGAAAGCAGGUGGUAGAGAAAGUAGAGACGGAGUACGCACGUUUUGAGAAUGGGCGCUACGUGUUUCGAAUCCACCGCUCCCCAUUAUGUGAAUACAUGAUCAACUUCAUCCACAAGCUGAAACACCUGCCGGAGAAGUACAUGAUGAACAGUGUACUGGAGAACUUUACUAUCCUACAGGUGGUGACUAACAGGGACACACUGGAGACCCUACUGUGCAUAGCAUACGUCUUCGAGGUGUCCAACAGUGAGCACGGUGCACAGCAUCAUAUUUACAGGCUAGUCAAAGACUGACACAGUUGGAACUUACCUGUUUUUAGACCCAUUGUAGCACCUCAGUGAACAACUACAGUAAACAAUGGACUACUUCCUCCCCAAGCUUAAAGCUGAAACCAUACGAGUCGAUCAGGAGCCCAGAUAAACACUGGCUUUGUUAGCGCACCCAGGAACACUACUACUGCUGAGGAAGAGGAGGAUUUGGGAUUACAGAAGCUGAAACAGGCUUUGUGUGAAAAGUGGCAAAAAAAAGAGGACCAUGAUACGCUGUGGUCUCUAUACCAAAGGAGCCAAACCAGACCUGCAUGAGAAAGUUGUUGAAAGUUGGUGGUGUUUUUCAUCUCAUUUUACUUGUGCUUGUUUUUGAUUUAAAUUCUUAUACACACAUGCAUGUGCAGGGGAUGUUUGCUACAGAGGAGUUUGGCUGCCUCAGGAUGCCCCCUAGUGACUUCAGAAUAAAUAACAACUGGGAAAUCUAAAACAAGUAGACAGAGAAUCCCUGCUUUGCACAUCCAGAAAAAUAUCACUGUUUUUGGUGCCAUUCUUUGUGUUAUUUGAGAAUUUGAGAAAUGAUGUACAGUGUCAGAUACACCUCCUCUAAACAGAUUUAUAAAGAAAAGAGGCUAAAUGAUUUAAAGAGUUAUUGUAUUCACUUUGUUUGAUGUUUAAUGUUAAAUGUUUCUUGUAUUGUCUUAAUGUUUCUGAUUGAAAUGAUCUGACUACAUCAAAAGGCACAUAUAACACUGCUAACUUGAACCAGAUUUAGACCUGUAAGCUGAUGACAGAGGUUGUCUGUAACUGAAACUUGCCCUGAAGUGUCAGAUGAAAAUACAAGUGUUUCUUACAAAGCUCCUCUGUUGCUGAGUUUGUUUCAAUCUGUGAAAGAUGUCAUAAAUAACUGCAAAAUA